GCUGGGGCGCCACGCGGGCGUAGGGGCGGCGCGUGGGGCACGCGGACCGAGACCGCCGGUUGCGCCCAGGAGCUGGAGGAGGGGGCGCAUGUGGGCUCUCCGCUCGCUGCUGGGGCUGCGGUGCGCGGCCGGGCGCGCCAUGUCGCAGGGGCCGACUCGCCGGCCACGGCCGCCCAAGGACCCGCUGCGGCACCUGCGCACACGGGAGAAGCGCGGGCCGUCGUUGGGGCCCGGGGGCCCGAACACCGUGUACCUGCAGGUGGUGGCGGCCGGCGGCCGGGAUGCAGGCGCUGCGCUCUACGUCUUCUCCGAGUUCAACCGGUAUCUCUUCAACUGUGGGGAAGGCAUCCAGCGACUCAUGCAGGAGCACAAGCUGAAGGUGUCUCGUUUGGACAACAUAUUCCUGACCCGAAUGCACUGGUCUAAUGUUGGAGGGCUGUGUGGAAUGAUUCUUACCUUAAAGGAAACCGGGGUUCCAAAGUGUGUGCUGUCUGGACCUCCACAACUGGAAAAGUACCUGGAAGCUAUCAAAAUAUUUUCUGGUCCACUGAAAGGAAUAGACCUGGCCGUGCGACCCCACUCUGCGCCGGAAUACCAGGAUGAGACCAUGACGGUCUUCCAGAUCCCCAUCCACAGCGAACAGGUGAACGGGGAGCACCAGCCAGCGCGGAGUCCAGAGAGGCAGAGUCCAGAGCUGUCUCCAGACGCGGGACCAGCGGAAGGGGAGCAGCACCUGGCGGCCGGUGCUGGCCAGAAAAUGCACGGCAGGGACCCCUCCUUGGUCGUAGCUUUUGUCUGUAAGCUCCACAUGAAGAAGGGAAACUUCUUAGUACUCAAAGCGAAGGAGCUGGGCCUCCCAGUCGGAACAGCUGCCAUUGCGCCCAUCAUUGCUGCUGUCAAGGAUGGGAAAAGCAUCACAUUCGAAGGAAGAGAGAUUCUGCCUGAAGAGAUCUGCACCGCCCCAGACCCCAGGAUCGCUUUCGUCGUGGUAGAGUGUCCAGACGAAGGAUUCAUUCAGCCCCUCUGUGAGAAUGCCACCUUCAGGAGUUUCCAAGGAAGAGCCGAAGCCCCCGUGGCCCUGGUGGUCCACAUGACCCCGGAGCAUGUGCUCCUGGACAGCAGAUACCAGCAGUGGAUGGGGAGGUUCGGGCCCGACACCCAGCACCUGGUCCUGAACGAGCACUGUGAGUCGGUCCACAACCUCCGCAGCCACAAGAUCCAGACACAGCUCAGCCUCAUCCACCCCGGCAUCUUCCCCCCGCUCGCCAGCCUCCGCCCUCAGGAAGGAGGGCUUGCCCCCUGCGUGCCCCUGGUCCGCGGCCAGUGUCUCCUCAAGUACCAGCUCCGGCCCCGGCGCGAGUGGCAGAGGGAUGCCAUCGUAACUUGCGACCCUGAGGAAUUCAUUGCUGAGGCCCUGGAGCUGCCUAACUUCCAGGAGAGCGUGCAGGAGUACAGGAAGACUGUGCAGGACGGCCUGGCCCCGGCGGGUGAGCCAGACCAGGGCCCAGCCCCGGUGUCUCCUGGCCUCUGCCCUCCUGCAGCUGUUCGCACAGCACUGAGUGGAGGGUCCGCGUGGCCCCGUCGAGCCCCGGAGAAGAGAGGCCAGUAUCCAGAAGUGGUCUUCCUCGGAACGGGGUCCGCGAUCCCUAUGAAGAUCCGGAAUGUCAGCUCCACUCUCAUCAACAUCAGCUCCGACACGUCCCUGCUGCUGGAUUGCGGGGAGGGCACCUUCGGGCAGCUGUGCCGCCACUACGGAGACGAAGUAGACCGGCUCCUGGGCACCCUUGCCGCCGUGUUCGUGUCCCACCUGCACGCGGACCACCACACGGGCUUGUUGAACAUCCUGCUGCAGAGGGAGCGGGCUCUGGUGUCGCUGGGGAAGCCUUGCCACCCUCUGCUCGUGGUGGCCCCCACCCAGCUCCGGGCCUGGCUCCAGCAGUACCACACCCAGUGCCAGCCACUGCUGCACCACGUCAGUAUUAUUCCUGCCAAAUGCCUUCAGAAAGGAGCUGAGGUCUCCAACCCCAAAGUGGAAAGGUUGAUUAGUUUGCUGCUGGAAACCUGUGGCUUGGAGGAGUUUCAGACCUGCCUGGUCCGGCACUGCAAGCACGCCUUCGGCUGCGCGCUGGUGCACACGUCCGGCUGGAAGGUGGUCUAUUCGGGGGACACCAUGCCCUGCGAGGCGCUGGUCCAGAUGGGGAAGGACGCCACCCUCCUGAUCCACGAGGCCACCUUGGAAGAUGGUCUGGAAGAGGAAGCCGUGGAAAAGACACACAGCACCACCUCCCAGGCCAUCGGUGUGGGCAUGCGCAUGAACGCAGGGUUCGUCAUGCUGAACCACUUCAGCCAGCGCUACGCCAAGAUCCCGCUCUUUAGCCCUGACUUCAAUGAGAAAGUCGGCAUCGCCUUCGACCACAUGAAGGUCAGCCUGGGGGACCUCCCGACGGUGCCCAAGCUGAUGGCGCCACUGAAGGCCCUGUUCGCCGGGGACCUGGAGGAGAUGGAGGAGCGCAGGGAGCGGCGGGAGCUGCGGCAGGUGCGGGCGGCCCUGCUCGCCAGGGAGGAUGCGGAGCCCCUGCGGAAACGGGCCCCCGCCGAGCAGCCCCCCAGCCCGCAGAGCAAGAAGGUCAGGGCCCAGUAGCGACACGGGGCCUGCGCAGCCGCUGCGCGGUGGAGGAGGCUGACGUCGUCUCCGUGCACGCCGCGUCUUCAGUCUGUCAGGUGGAGUCGGGGCGCACCCCCCCCCCCCCGCUGCGGCCCAGCCGUCCCCUCUGUACCCAGAGGCAGCGGGGCCCCAGGAGCGCGUAGCUGUGGACGCAAAGCCUCCAGGAAAAGCGUCUCCAAGAACGGAACACAGUGAAGGUCGCGUUUGGAACCUGAGUGCUUUGUCCCUGUGCCGCUGCUGGGGACCCAGGGUGCCCGGAAACAGCAUGAUCGUGGCGGGGACCUGUUCCCAGGGAGCCACCACGCCUCAGCAGCCUGGUGUUUUGGCAGAAGUUGUGCAGACCCACAGCCGGGGUAGGCCAGGCCCGGCUACGCAGGGGCCCCGGGGAAACGCAAGCCUUCCCGUUGUUCCGGCGAAAGAGGAGCCCUGUUGCUUUCUUGCCCCGUGACAGCCACUCACCGCCCUACAGAGUGCUGAGAAAUACCGCGUCAGGUGGCUCCGGUGCCCGCCUUUUGAGGAUGAACAACACUGAGGUUAGUGUGUGUUUGAAAAGUGAAUUUUCAAAGAAAGAUGCCUCUAGUAUUUGCAUAUUCUUCCAGGAGACUAGAGAAGGAGCUUUAAAGUUUCAGGUGCUGGGAGACGCAGACCAAGGACUGGACUUGCCUUGCCGUGACCUCGGGGUCCCUCCUGAGGCAGCGCCUGGCAUCACCUCCCGUGGCCCCUUGAGCUUGUUAUUAAAACAAGAUAGGCCACACUCAGGGAUAAUAAAUCUAUUUUAAUAACAUUA